UUUGGUCGAGUUCUGAUUGGCUGUCGUUCGUUUCCGGUUGCAGCGCCCCUGAUUUGAAAAGGCUUCGGUUAGAUAGUUUGGGGUAUCGUUCGCCAUUGUUAAAAAACGGGGUUAACAAUGUUUCUUAUAGUGAAACUUGGAUAUAUAACACGCUUUUAGAACAAGGACUCCGCAAAUCAAAUCGGUGCUAUUUUGUUAUUGUCUAAUGUUAGGCCUUCUUAUUUGGGAACAGUUUGGGCAUGGCGCAGCGUGUGACGGUAUCAGAUGGAGCAAACAAGAAGACUUCCAGGGUUCGGGUAGCGGUUCGUCUUCGACCUUACAUGGGCACACAAGAUGAGAAAGACGAGGGACCGUGUGUGAGAGGCCUGGACUCACAGAACCUGGAAAUAGUUAACUGGAGAAAUGCUACAGAAACAGUCAAAUACCAUUUCGACGCUUUUCAUGGUGAGCAAACGACACAGCAAGAUAUUUUCCUCACAGUGAAACCCAUUCUACCACACGUACUGAAUGGACAGAAUGCCAGUGUCUUUGCCUAUGGACCAACAGGAGCUGGCAAGACACAUACCAUGAUGGGCAGUUCGGAUCAGCCAGGCGUGAUCCCUCGGGCCGUCCGUGAGGUCUUUAAGAUGGUCAAAGCUAAGAAUGGGGAUAAAGCCUGGGACCACAGCAUUGGCAUGUCUUAUUUGGAAAUUUACAAUGAGAAGGUGCUAGAUCUUCUAUCGCCAGGCUCCCAGGAUUUACCUAUCAGAGAGGACAAGGACAAAAACAUCCUUAUCCCUGGCCUCACUCGCACAACCAUUACCUCCUUCUCAGACUUUGACAAACACUUUGUCCCUGCCAGCCUUAAUCGCACAACAGCUUCUACCAAACUAAACCAGCGCUCCAGCCGCAGCCAUGCCGUCCUCCUCCUCAAGGUGGUACGGACCCAGAUAGCGCCGCCUCACAGACAACAGACAGGAAAGCUGUACUUGAUAGACUUGGCUGGGUCUGAGGACAACCGGCGCACCGGCAACCAGGGAAUCCGCCUGAAGGAGAGCGGUGCCAUCAACCUCUCCCUCUUCACACUCAGCAAGGUCGUGGACUCUCUUAACUCAAGCACCGCCGUCCGUGUGCCAUACAGAGACAGUAAACUGACACGGCUGCUGCAGGACUCUCUGGGCGGCUCGGCGCACUCCGUCAUGAUCACCAACAUUGCACCAGAGUACAAAUACUACUUUGAUACUUUUGGUGCACUCAAUUUUGCCUCCAAAUCCAAACUUGUUGUCAAUAAGCCCUUCACCUGUGAAACUGUGGCUGUGGCUGUGCCUGUGCUGCCAGUGAAGCGGGCCAGAGAUGGCCACGAGACAGGGGGGUCUGGCACUGAGCCACAGAAGAAGAAGCUGAGGGACGAGAGGAAAACCGAACAGGAUAGUUCCCCGUCUUCGGCACAUUUCCACAGUCCGUCAGUGAUGGAAAGGCUGUUGGCUCUGGAGAAGCUGAUGAUGAACUCCAGGGACAAAGACUUGGCCGAGUCUCGCAAGGAGCUCCAGGAGCACAAAGAGAAGCAGAGGCCGUUUGAAAGCAAGGCCAUGCUGUUCAAUCGAGUGGGUGGUGAAAGGUCCGGUGUCAAUAAGGAGCCAGCCUUCAAGAACAGCGUGGCCCCUCUGCAGAGAAAAACUAGUGCCUCUAAAGGCAUCAAGCAGCAGGCUGUGGUCCAGCCUCUACAAGUGAACCAGCUCCAGCCACUUCAGCAGCUUGCCGACGUCAAAAAACAGUCCGUCUGCGUCAAGAAGAAAGAGAAGCUCUUCACCCAGGUUGAGCCUCCAGAUGGUAAAGAGAACUUCAUAGAGGUGAGCUGGGAGAACCAACUCGAAGAAUCUGUGCUGGAGGGCUCCAGACAGAAAAUCCUGCAGGUGCUGAACAGCGGCUCGCUCAAAGAGCUGAAGGGUCUGCAGCAGAUUGGCGACAAGAAAGCCAAGCUCAUCCUGGGAUGGAGAAAGAUCCAUGGCCACUUCGAAAAGUUGGAUGAUUUGGUAAAAGUCGAAGGUAUGACAGGGAAGAGAUAUUCAUCCUUUAUGAAGGCCAACAUCUUGAGUGUCAUGGGAAAGUGAUUUUAAAUAGCUUUCUAAUUUUAUUUUUAAUAUACCUUCUAGGGAUGGGCAUUCGAUUAAAUUGUCUUAAUCGAUCGUCUGUAGUAACGAUCGAUUUUCGAUUAAUCAUUCAUAUUUUUAGAUUAAAAUUCACUAUUUAUAGGCUAUAUUAAAAAUGCAGUGAACAUACCAAAAACACAGCGUGUUUUCCUCAUUGAGAGAUGUAUUACAAGAUGGACAACUCUUGUCGCAGUUCAACUGGAUCCGUUCAAUGGUUGAAGUGGAAAAUAUGCGCUGCUGUGCUCUUAAGCAGCGGAGCUUGCAGCUAGAAGCCGGUGGUCAUGAACACAACUGACCCUCGUUUUCCCCCAAAAUAAUAAUAUAAAAACACAAUCAUGUUAAACAACAACUUAAAGUGGUCCAGCAGCCUGUGGUUAGAGCAACUCUUUCAGCUGUGCUCAGUUCUUUUAACAGCUCCUGCUUCCGUUCUUCGUAGUGAGUUUCUAUCAGUCUGGUGAUGGUACGUCGUGACGGAAUGUGAUAUGCUGGUUCCAAUAAGUUGAUCAGUUUUCGAAAACCUUCGCCCUCAACAAUACUUAAAGGGAGCAUAUCCAUCUCAAUGAACUUGCAGAUCCCUUGGGUAAUUUUCUCUGCUCGUUGUGCAUUUUAUCGACAACAAAUUAAUGUCAUCAAUGAAAUUCUUAAUGAUCAAUUAAUCGAUCGUCGAUUAAUCAUGCCCAUCCCUAAUACCUUCUCCAUUGUAUAUAUCCCUUUCUCUGGUGUGAUUUCUUUACUUUUUGGAUUAUUUUAUGAUGUUUUUGUAGUUACUACCGUGUGCCAGCUGAUGGCGCACUCCUGCUUUUUAAUAAAACUCUCACGUUUCACUGAA